AUGUCAGGAGUUGCUCAGAUCAUGCCUAACAAUCCAGAGUCUGCUCACGUCACGUCUGUCAAGCCAGGACCUGUUCACGUCAUGUCUGCUACUCCAAAGCCCGCUCACAUCAUGCCUGCCAAACCAGCUCCUGCUCACGUCAUGCCUGUCAAGCAAGAACCUGCUCAUGUCAUGCCAUCUCGUCACGACAUGGCCACCAUUUCAGAGCCUCGUCCCAUCAUGGCCGCCAUUUCAGAGUCUGCUCACAUCAAGCCUGAUUCCCCGGCCAAGAUGGCCACCACGCCUGCUUCCCCGACCAAGAUGGCCGCCACGCCUGAGUCCCCGGCCAAGAUGGUCAUCACGCCUGAGUCCCUGGCCAAGAUGGUGAAGUCAGGUUGCACAUCUGAGAUGGAGCAGUCGAACUGGCACCCUGAGGGAGAGGUGGAGGGGCUGUCCCGACCCCAGGAGGCUCUCCUGGACGGCGAAGACCCUGGAGGUCCAGAUUCAGCCUCCUCAUCUUGUUCGGACCUGUCCAUCACAACCCCUGCAGCUCAACCUUGUCCCAACAACACCAAGAGCUUCUCUGGACUGCGGAUCUUUGGUAGAAGAGCACCUGGUGUCAGCCCCAUGUGUGCCAGCAACAUGAUCUAG